AUGGGGGUGCUUGGAGUCCCCCCUGUGCCUUGGGGCACCACAGUGGCUCUGAGGACCAAAAAGUCGUUGUACCAGCACCUGUUGGCUCCGACCACCUCCAGCAUCCUCUCCAAGGUCUUCAUCCUCUUGCUGGGCUUCAUCCUGCAGACAGCCAUCCUGGCCUGGGUGAUGUCCUGUGCAUCAUGUUGUAUCCACACUGUCAAUGUACUGGAGUUCAUGGCCCGCCGAGCCUCCAUCUGGAUCACCAUGGUGCUCACCAUGGCCUUGUGCCACCCACUGCAGUAUUGUGUUAUGUCCUAAUCGCAGUGCACCUGCAGGAUCAUCAGGGCUGCAGGCAUCCCCUUCUGGUGCCUGGAUGUGUGGGGUGAUGCCAACCUCCCCAGUGCGCUGGACAAGGUGCUCAAGUGGCUCCAUUGCGUUGCUGUCUACUAAUGGCCCUGCUGCAUCUUCCCGGCCACCAAUUCCGUCAUCAUCCUCAAGCUGCAGCAGCAGAGAUGCUCUGGGGGUUGCUGUGCCUACGUGGGCAAGACCACAGCCCUCCUCGUGGCUGCCACCACCGUCUUCAUGUCCCACCUCAUUUUUGGGGCGUCCUGCCUGGGCCUCGGGGGCUCCCGCUCGGCGCCCGGCCCGGGCCGCAGGAUGGGGACGGCGGCCGCGGGGCUCGUGCUGGCCCUGGUGGCCGCGUGCCGCGCGCAGACCGGGCCGCCGCCGGGCUGCGGCCACGACCUCUCCUCGCUCUACUACAACCUGUGCGACCUGUCGGCGGCCUGGGGCAUCGUGCUGGAGGCCGUGGCCAGCCUCGGCAUCGUCACCACCUUCGUGCUCACCAUCGUGCUCGUGGCCAGCCUGCCCUUUGUGCAGGAGCCGCCCAAGAGGAGCCUGGUGGCCACGCAGGUGCUCUUCCUGCUGGGCACCUUCGGCCUCUUCUGCCUGACCUUCGACUUCAUCGUGGGGCCCGACUUCUCCACGUGCACCUCGCGCCGCUUCCUCUUCGGCGUGCUCUUCGCCGUGUGCUUCUCGUGCCUGCUGGCGCACGCGCUGGCGCUCAACUUCCUGGCGCGGCGGAACCGGGCGCCGCGCGGCUGGGCCACGCUGGCCGUGGCGCUGCUGCUGGCGCUCGUGGAGGUCAUCGUCAACGCCGAGUGGCUCCUCAUCACGGUGGUGCGGCGCGAGGGCGGCUCGCCGGACCCGUGCCGCGUGGCCGACGCCGACUUCGUCAUGGCGCUCAUCUACGUCAUGGUGCUGCUGGCGGCCGCCUUCGGCGCCGCGUGGCCGCCACUGCUGUGCGGCCGCUACCCGCGCUGGCGCAAGCACGGCGCCUUCAUCCUGGCCACCACCGGCCUCUCCGCGGCCAUCUGGGUGGCGUGGACCGCCAUGUACCUCUACGGGAACCGGCGCGCGGGUGCCAAGCCGCGCUGGGACGACCCCACGCUGGCCAUCGCGCUCGUGUCCAACGCGUGCGCCUUCGUGCUGCUCUACGUCAUCCCCGAGGUGACGCACGUGACGCGGCGGGGCCCCGCGCAGGCGCACGACGACGAGGGCUACCCGACGCGCGGCGUGGGCUACGAGACCAUCCUCAAGGAGCACAAGGCGCAGAGCAUGUUCGUGGAGAACAAGGCCUUCUCGCUGGACGAGCCCUCCCUCGCCAAGAGGCCGGUGUCUCCCUACAGCGGCUACAACGGGCAGCUCCUCGCCAGCGUCUACCAGCCCACCGAGAUGGCCCUCAUGCACAAGGGGCCCGCCGAAGGCCCCUACGACGGGAUCCUGCCCCGUGCCAGCGCGGCCGUGGGCAGCGCCAGCUCCACGCUGCGCGCCGAGGACGCCUUCGCCGCGCACGCCCGGCCCGCCGGCGCCCGCGCCUCCCAGGUGCUGUCCCCAUACGGCAGGAACCGCUGGUAA